ACUGAGCGUCACAUUUGUAGCAAAGCAAGCAUGAACAAAAUUUUGUUCUGUCUGUAAUUUUUUUCAGCGCUGUUGAAAAGCAUGUAAUGACGCAAUGAAGAAUAAUCUUGACUGAUCUUUUGAUUUCAAGGAUUGAACUAAGUCUGCAGAGUUGAUUGGUUUCGUUCCUCAGCGCGGUUCUCCAGCAGCCGGCAGCCAUGGGGCGCCGUUCCAUCAACUCCACCAAGAGUGGAAAGUACAUGAACCCCACUGACCAGGCCCGCAAAGAGGCCCGUCGGAAGGAGUUGAAGAAGAACAAGAAGCAGCGCAUGGCAGUGCGCCAUGCUGUGCUCAAGAACAAGGACCCGCGAGAGCUUCUGCAGGAGCUGGAGAAAAUCGACAAAAUGGAGUUCAGCGUGGAUACCUCGGCCCCGCUCAGUGAGAAAGUGCUCAAGGAAAAACGGAAGAAACUCAAAGAAACGCUCGAGAGGGUCCUCAAACUCUACGAGAAGGAAGACCCAGAGUACUGGGCCGAUAUUCGCCGCUCCGAGUCCGAGUAUGAGAAGAAAAGAGGCUCCCUCAUCACGUACUACGAGUCGGUGAAACACGCCCAGCAGGUCCAGGUGGAGGAGAUCCCUCUCCCACAGAACCUCCUACCAGAGACGGCACCGGCGCACAUACCACUGCCGCCUGGUCUGGAACUGCCACCGCCGCCCGCUGCCGGGAUACUGAAGAGACAUCCGCCAGGGACGGAGCCAGGGGAAGGCGCGGAGCCCCGCCGCGGACCGCCCGGUGUUCCACCCGGUCCACCGCCCCCUCUGGAGCUACCUGAGGAUGAGGUUGAACCCGAGCCGGCCAGCCUCCAUCCGCCCGGAACGGAGCCCACAGAGGAAACGACCAGGGAGGAGAGGGAGGAGUCGGAUGAAGAGAUGGAUCAUGAUGGCGAGGGUGGCGCCGGCCCGUCUCGCUCGCGCCGUAUCCGCUUCGAGGGUGACGAGGAGGAGCCUCCGUCUGAGAGGGCAGACGACCGAUCAAAGUCCUCCGGCGGCGUGUUCAACAGCAUGCAGCUCAAGAUGCUGCAGAUGAGCGGACAGGACAUCGACAGCUUCAUGAAGGAGUCUGAGCAGCUCAUGAAGCAGCGAGAGGACCGUCUGGGCAUCAGCAGCAGCGGAGCCGGAGCCGGGGUCGCAGCCGGAGCCGGAGCCGGGCCCUCGGACCUCCAGGAGCGGCUCCGCGCGGUGGGAGCCCAGUCCUCUGCCGCUGCUGCCGCCGCUGCGGCGGCGGCGGCCGGGGGUCCGCCUCAACUGCGACCUCUGGUGGGCGGAGAACACCGACCGCCGGCGGCUCAGCACACCAUGCCACCAGGUCCACCGCCCGGCGUGCCGCCGAUGCUGCUCCGACCUCCCCCGCCUGGCCUCCGUCUGCCGCCGGGACCACCGCCCGGCCUACCGCCCAGGAUGCGGCUGCCGCCCGGACCGCCACCAGGCGUGCCUCCGCGGAUGAUGCGUCCUCCAGUACCUCCGGUAACUGCCGCUCCACCUCCCUCCAACCCGAACGUGCUCUCCGCCGGGCCCCAGCUGAGAGACAACAAACAGUCGGCUACCAUCGAGGCUAAGCCGCAGAUCAGGAACCUUGGCGCGGACGUCACACGGUUUGUGCCGUCCGCUUUGCGAAUCAAACGAGACGACAAACACAGAAAGGACAAGAAACACACAGAAACGAGCGGCGAGGCGAGCGGCUCCCAGCCUCAGCAGAAGCCCACCAAGGACGACGCGUAUGCGCUCUUCAUGUCCGAGAUGCAGGGACUCCUGUAGGCGGCAGGCUCUACCGUUUGGUGAUGCUGAGACUCCUGUUAGGCGGCAGGCUCUACUGCUUGGUCUGCACCGUCUUCGAUUCCGUUACCAGCUAUAUCUGCGUCUCAGUUACCAUCUCUGAAAUCAGCUGCUGUGUCUCAGAAGUCGAUGCUGAAUUGUGGAAGACACACUGGCUACCGGUGUGCGAGAGAUACAGACUACGUUUCCGAAGUGUUUGUGGAGUUCAACAUGUUGAAGUGGUGGAACUUGCGAACGUCGUGGCAAAAGGCGACAAAUGUUUGUGCGGCCGGUGGAAAAACAUAACCCUUACGCCAGAGAUGUGAUUUGAGUGUGCGUGCUACGGAGGACUCGUAGAAAACUCGUGAAGAAGUUGCUGGCUCGACUUUCAGCCGGCAGCUUGUGACGCUACGCAUACAACUGGAUGUGCUGCUACUUGUACGGAAAGAAACUGGUAACUUCAACACAAUUUACAUCUCAGUAUAACAUCCCUCAGCAAUCGAGCAUAAUUACUGGGCCGUUGCGAGUGCUGUCACGCCACCACCCACCGCCGUCGAAGUAGCGUGAAACUAUUCUCUUCAUUUAUCGGCCUUCCCCAAGUGAUGUCCAUAAGUAACGUCUCUCAGAUGAAAGACGCUUUGCGACUGUCGGGAAGGAGAGAAAAUUCGGCGCUGAAACCAUCAAUGCGUUUACACGGCCUGAUAUGGAACAGACAGGGACCUGACCCGACACGGUACAAGUCGUGGCAUGAACAGUGUCGUGGCUUGGGUCAGGGACGGGUCCUGCACGACACGACCCGUACGUGACCUUGGGGCGAGACUGGUCGGGUCUCGUAGGAUAGGGUUGCCAGACUGAGUGAGGUUCCACGGCCAUUUUCAUUGCGCUAACGGGGGCAUCCACCGUUGUAAUUUAGUGUCUUGUCCGAUCACUAUGCUUGUGCGUUGAAAUAUACCAGUGCUUGGUUCACUGA